GAUGAGAAUUCUGCAGAUUUGACAAAGUCGUUUCAAGAACUCAGUCGUCGACUGCCCAUCCUCGUAAAUUCGAGGCACCCAGUAGGGAGUUUCAGCUUGCUCAACCGACUCAACUACGCUGGAACCCCUUCCGGAAUACUUUAAAGCACUUUUUUUCUCUUCUUUCUUCUUUCUUUUACUACGUUUUAAGUGUGAACCGUCUUUCUUUUUUCUUUUUUUUUUUCGUGUGCUGUUUUGAUUUUUACAAAGGCGAAAAUGUGUUAAGUAUUUAUACCUAUGGUGGAAACAUACGGAGGUGGCAUGUUUUUCGCGAUGCUCUUGUCUAUCUUGCUCUUUUUACUUUUCGGUUGUGCUGCGAAUGCUCAGAGAAGUUUAGAAUUUUUUGAUCUUUUACCCGAAGAUCCUAAGUUGUACGACAAAAUGCGACCUCCUAAGAAAGAUGGCCAGGCAACUGUCGUUUAUUUUCAUGUUACUGUAAUGGGACUCGAUUCCAUCGAUGAAAAUUCAAUGACUUAUGCCGCCGAUAUUUUUUUUGCCCAAACGUGGAAAGACAAUAGACUUCGAUUGCCAGAAAAUAUGACAUCCGAGUAUAGAUUAUUAGAAGUCGAUUGGCUAAAAAAUAUGUGGCGGCCGGAUUCCUUCUUUAAGAACGCAAAGUCGGUGACUUUUCAAACAAUGACGAUACCGAAUCACUACUUAUGGUUGUAUAAAGACAAAACUAUUCUCUACAUGGUGAAGCUGACUUUGAAACUUUCUUGCGCUAUGAAUUUUUUGAUCUAUCCUCACGAUACGCAAGAGUGUAAAUUGCAAAUGGAAAGUCUUUCGCACACAACGGACGAAAUGAUCUUCCAGUGGGACCCUGAGGUUCCUCUUGUUGUAGACGAAAACAUCGAAUUGCCCCAAUUACAACUUGUUAAAAAUUAUACAGCCGAUUGCACGCAGGUCUAUUCUACUGGUAACUUUACUUGCCUCGAAGUCGUGUUCGUACUGAAACGACGUCUCGGUUAUUACCUGUUUCACACCUACGUGCCGACGUGCUUGAUCGUUAUUAUGUCUUGGGUAUCAUUCUGGAUAAAACCAGAGGCUGCGCCUGCUCGAGUCACCCUGGGAGUCACCUCGUUGCUCACUCUUUCCACGCAACAUGCCAAGAGUCAGGCUUCUUUACCGCCCGUUUCGUAUUUGAAAGCCGUCGAUGCCUUCAUGUCAGUCUGCACGAUAUUCGUAUUCAUGGCACUGAUGGAGUAUUGUCUGGUGAAUAUUGUCCUUGGUGAUUCGGAUACGCCUGCAGCAAAGCCCACACCUCCACCACCGCCACCAUCUUCGAGCACUGCGGAUUCAACUAAGCUUGACAAGAUGUUCGACAUUGCUGCCAAGGAAAACGCAAUGUUGUUAUCCUGCCGAUCGCAGAAACCACCGAUUGCACCACCACCUGGACCAACCCCGGCUCAAAGGGCGCGAAUGCGAGCGCUGAAUAUUGACCGUUUUUCGCGCAUCUUCUUUCCUUUCCUGUUCGCCGUGCUAAACGUCACCUAUUGGAUAAUGUUCGCUGAAUAUAUUUAAAGAGUAACAUCGGGAGUAACACUGACUGCAGAAAUAUCGCGCGAUAUUUCAAAAGGAGCAUAAACAAGGAGACAAACUCUCUGUGAGAAACCAAUACUCUGGAAACAUAUAUCAAAACACGUUGAAAGAGACGAAGAACGUAGAAGUUUCCGGAAAAAAAUGCGAUUAAUUUAUUUGUUAUAUUACAUGCAUCAAGCGUCAAUCCGCAAACAAACUAGUAACAUUCUGAUGGAGGGAUUUGGUAAUCAAAGAUAUAAGCAAAUAACAAUAAAAUUUAAUGACGGAUAAUAGUGUUUGUGACAAAUACAGAAAUGCCUAAUCUUUUUAGAAUGUUGGAACUUCAAUUUUUCUUUUACUGUUUUUUUAAGACAGAUCGAAAAUUUUACUGUGACAUUGUCUGCAAUGCAUAUGAGGCACACUUGCAAGUUUUUCUCUAACUGUUCAUUUUUUUCGUCCGUUUAAAUACGAUUCGACAAGUAACAGAACUAGAAUAAUUAGAAUUUAUGAAACAUGUAUAACAUGUUUUUAUCGUUAUGCGUUUGAAAGCAAAUUUACUGUCUUCUCUAUAAAAUCGUCACUUAAACAUUUCAAAUAUUAUUAAUUCAGUGUAUAAACUGUCAUAAUAAUUAUUUUAUUUUCCGGAAAGAAUAUUCUUGUUUAUGAAUAAACCUGUAAAACUUUCCCGAGAAUAAAUAAAAGAUUUCGCUUAAAUAGAACAGAAUGAUCAAAAUGUAUAAUAAGAGUACAUAUUAAUCCUAAUGAAUUUAGAAAGUGACAUUGCAUUUAUUUAGCUUCAUACAUCGCUCUCUUCAUUACGUAAAAUAUAAUAUAAAUUAACUCAUAAUUCAAAGAUCAAAUGCAUACAUAGAUAUUAUUUAUACAUAGACAAUUUUACAAUGAAUCUCUUGUACCAAAUAAUGUCUCGAUUCAUGAUUUAUAAAUAUUAUUAAAUUGUAAUUAAUCGAACUUUGUAUCAUCAAAACUUAUCAUAAGUGACAAUGAAUAAUUCUCGACACAAGUCUGUAUCAUUAAAGAUGUGUCUAAUAAAAAGCCAUUAAAAUAUUA